AUGGUGGAUGGUGGACGGGCUCCUUGUGGGCUGCUUCAGCCUGGGACCACGCAGGAUGGGGAAGGGGCAUUGGGCAGCGCUGUGGGCUGGAAGACGUUGGCCGUGGUGCCUCAGGAAGGAUGUCAGGGCAGGCGGUUUCAGGGAACGACUGUGUGUCCUCCCUGCGACAACGAGAUGAAGUCAGAAGCCAUUGUGGAGCACCUGUGUGCCAGCGAGUUUGCCCUUAAGAUGACCAUAAAGGAAGUGAAGAAGGAGAACGGGGACAAGAUGAUCGUCCCGCGGAAGAGGAAGGCGCUGAAGCUGGGGCCCAUCCGGAAGAAGAACCUGAAGAAGCUGGUGCUGUUCCUGAAGAAUGGGGCUGACUGUCCCUGCCAUCAGCUGGACAACCUGGGCCACUACUUCCUCAUCAUGGGCCGCCAGGUGAAGACCCAGUACCUGCUGACGGCCAUCUACAAGUGGGACAAGAAGAACAAAGAGUUCAAGAAGUUCAUGAAGAAGAUGAAGUCUCCUGACUGCCCGACAUUUCCGUCUGUCUUCAAGUGAUGCAGUGGGCGACGGGAGAGCUGCCGCCUGGACCUCGCGCAGCCUGACACGGCGGCUCCUCUGCUGUGGGGACACUGGAGCCGAGCCCUCCUGCUCCUCCCUCGCGCUCCUCGGAGCUUCCCUCGCCGACCCCAGCCCUCCCACCUCCCUGCUGCCAGCAUUUGCCUGAUGGCCCAGGCGCGCGAGUGUGACGUGCAUGCACCAAACAGUCGCUGGGGUCACACGCAAUUGAUGUCCCCAGUGUCCAGAGACCUGUUGCUGUACAGAUAUGUGCAUUCCUUUAAAUAGCAGCUAUCAGGUAAAGAGGGCAAGCAGAGGGGUGUGAAGUUAUGUCAAGAGGUUACACGCUUGCAGAAAGGACCCUUGUGACUGUGUUACUCCUGUCUUUGUGGCUGCAGGAUUGCCCUAAAUCAAUUCCUGUUUGAACCAGAGCCGGCCAAUUAGGAAAACAUCCCUUACUCACUAUAAAAGUUAAACAAGUAGUGUUACAACCCGUUACAACCUCGGAUAAAACCUCCUAAGAGCUAAUUGCCCUCACUGUAAAAAAAUCCCACUGUAGUCUAAACCUGCUUAGUUUAAGCCUUAACCCUGGGGUCCUUGUGACGCCUUGAUCGGCUGGAUCGGGGAGCCCUCCCUUACCAGCAGCUCUGGGGUGUCACGGGGAUGCCGGCCCCUGCCGCACUGACCGGGCUGAGCCCCUCGAGCCCAGCACCGUGCUGCUCCUUCUCCCGCCCUGCCCGGGUCGAGGGCGCAGCGGCCCGGCCGCGGGGCCGGUGGCAGAGGGGGAGCUGCCUCCACCUGUGCCCCGGCCGCAGCAGCGUUCGGCUGAGCGUCCCCUCAGGCCUCCCACAUCAGCACCUCGUGGCAGUUCCCAUGCCCCCGCGGCCGGGGUGGUUCGUGCCCGGACAAUUGUGUGAUUCUGUUUCAGCCACGUGCAGACACCCCCCCCUUUGCUGAGCAGCCCGGCACUCCCAGUUGGGGGAGAGCUCACGGCGGCUCCUCCAGCCUGUGUCACUCCCUAACUCUACCAGUGAUAUUUUUAUAGUUUCUGCAGGCUGCUGGCAAAACUCCAGAUUCCAGAAGCCCGAGGACUUGUGCCUACGGAGUGCCAUGGGAAGCAUCUCUGUCUUUCCCUCUUUGCAGUCGCUGUGGGACCUGUCGGUUUCUAGGUUUUUGUUUGAUGUGUGGCAACUUGGCUUUGUAUCAUUCUGGGUUUCUUUUUCCCUAAUCAAAAUGUCAUGUUAGUAUGAGGUCAAACAGUUUAUGAAAGAUGAAGAAUAUUGCAUCCAAAUGAUUACAUUUAUCGACCAAGCUGAAAUUCAUUAUUCCGUUAAUUGGACAAGUUCUCUUUUCCAUAGACCCAUAUCACUCCACAUUAAUUAUACUAUCCCGCUUCCAUUCAGUAUUCUCAUCAAUCACAGUUACUCUAAGAGAAUGAAUAUCUUGCGAUCUGAGAUAAUCCUGUUGUAUUGCAGUUAAGUGAAAUAACAAAUCCUCAUUUUUGAGGUUUAAACCAACCCCACUCAAAGCUGGUAAAUUAAUUAUUCUUUAGCUCGGGAGUGCUGUUUAUUCCCCACGUGGGGACAGAGCUGCGGACUUGAUUGUAGAAGAAUUCUGUGACGAAGCCAAGCGCACAGAGGAAUGAUCCUUCACAGCUAACAGAUGGAUUUAGGACGUGAACUCUGUAGAAAGUCCCUCUAGGUUGUUCUUAGACCACCAUUUGUAGUAGCGUUGUGUCUCUGAUGCAAAAUUAAUCAUUGUAGAUAAUGUGCUUUAUCAGUGAAUUAAAUAAAUAAACCAUGGGCUUUAACAUCA